GAGAACGCUCUAUUUCCGCUGCAGUAGCGACAAACGGGCACGUCAAAAAAGAAAGGAAAAUGUGGACAGAAAGGACAAACUGAGGCCACAGAAGCGACGUCGGACUACUUCUAACGUCCUCGUAGAGCUCGGUUGCCAGGCAGUGGUUAUUAUUUAAACCUCACAGCCGAAUAUUUGACAGUUUAAGGGUCGUUUUGAGGUGAACUCGUCCACCUUGUUGUGUCGCGGUUCGCGUUAAGGAAGCAGCUCGGCUGAAUUAGCUGCAGCCGGCCAGAGAUGGGGACGAGAGCAAGCCGCCUACAGGAAGAGCCGGUUCCCUCUGCUUUCGGAAAAGAUGGCACAAAGCGGGAGUCCUACCGGCGCCCCCGCUGUACCAGGCCCACCAGUCUCAUGGUGGACUUCUCCGGGAGCUUUGAGGACACGGAGGCCAACCGGAGCCGCUCGGAGGAAGGCAGCGACUCGGACCUCGGGCAGCAUGGGGCGAGCGCCGACGGCAGCCCCGCUGACCACCACAGCAUCCCCUCCAGCAUCAGCCAGGCGUCACCUGCGGACGACAACAACAGCGAGGGGAAGCCCGAGGAGGACGGGAAUGUGAGCCCGGAGGCUCCCGUCGACGCGGAGCACCAGCCCGAAGUGGAGACAGGCCGCACGCCCCACCGCACUUUUUCCGAGCGGCUGCCCGGGAAUCGGCACUCUUCCGCCCGCAGCGUCGGCGCAAGAUCCGCCCGGGUCCGAGGCACACACCAGCGGCCGGUGUCAGAGGCUUGGAUCGGCCUUUACCGUGUCAACAACCGACAUGGCAAUAUCCGCUGUCCUUUCUGCUCGAAGCCUUUCCCGGGGGGUCGGAUUGAGGAUCACCUGUUGAGCUGCCUCACAUCUCCUCCCUUACCUUACAAUACGGAUGUGCUCAGUAAAGACAGCGGCGAGUGCUCCAUCUGUUUGGAGGAUCUGGUACAGGGAGAGACCAUCGCCAGGCUGGCCUGCCUGUGUGUCUACCAUAAGAGCUGCAUUGAUUCCUGGUCCAAGGUGAAGCCCUGCUGCCCCGAACAUCCCUUCGAUUGACUCACAGGUCACAUGUGUUCCCCGCAGUGACCAACCAGACUCAGGAGACUACACUGAAUCCCAAUGAAAUCUCAAUAAAAAAAAAUGUGUAAUUGAACAAAUUAAAGCCCACUGUCCCUCUCA